AUGCCUACUACAGACGACGACCCGAGUUCCACUGAUGCUCGCAGCAGAUAUCAGGACCAAGAGAACGAAAAGACCGCCGCCGCCGCCGGCGGGCUCAGCAUCAAGCCAGAUGUCUCCCCUCUCAACACGGCAGAACCGGCCGCAGCGCCCGACGAACUCCCGGGGUGGAAGGUCUUGGUCAUCUGGUCGGCCAUCGCCCUCGGCGUCCUCUGCACGUUCCUGGACGAAGGCAUCAUCGCCACGGCCAUCCCGCGGAUCACGGACGACUUUGGCUCCCUGACGGACGUCGGUUGGUACGGCUCGGCCUACCAGAUGACCCUCUGCGCGUUCCAGCUCGUCUUCGGCCGCCUGUACAACCAGUUCUCCAUCAAGACCGUCUUCCUCGCCUCGCUCGCCGUCUUCGAGCUCGGCUCCCUCGUCUGCGCCGUCAGCCCGAGCUCGACGGCCUUCGUCGCCGGCCGCGCCGUCGCGGGGCUCGGUGCCUCGGGCCUGCAGAGCGGCUGCAUGGUCCUCAUCUCGGCGACGCUGCCGGCGAAGCAGCUGCCCAUGUACGUCGGCGCCAUCGGCAUGGUCUACGGCGUCGCCGCCGUCCUCGGGCCCGUCGUCGGCGGCGUCAUCACCAACAGCCGCCUCACGUGGCGAUGGUGCUUCUACAUCAACCUCCCCAUCGCCGUGCCGCCGGCGGUCGCGACGCUGUUCCUGGUCAAAUCCCCCCCGCCAACGGACGAGCAGCGGCGGCCCUGGCUGGAGAAGAUUCGGGGGCUGGACUACCUCGGCAUGGUCCUCCUGCUGCCCGGCAUCACCUCGCUUCUCCUUGCGCUCCAGUUCGGCGGCGCCCUGUUCGCCUGGGACGACAGGCGGACGAUCGCGUGCUUCGUCGUGUCCGGGGUCCUCGUCGUCGGGUUCGUGGCCGAGCAGUGGUGGAUGGGAGAAAAGGCGCUGGUGCCUCCGCGCCUGGCCACGAUGCGAGUGGUGGCCUUCGGGGCACUGUUCGGGUUUUGCCUAGACGGCGCCUUCUUCACCCUCGUCUACUAUGUGCCUCUCUGGUUCCAGGCCAUCCAGGGAGCAACGCCCGAGCAAUCCGGCGUGAGAUACCUGGCCCUCUGCCUUGCCUUCAUCUUCACCAUCUUCCUCAGCGGGUGGGGCGUCACCAAGACCGGAUACUACCAGCCCUUCAUGCUGGCAGGGACGGUCCUCCUGUCGAUCGGUGCCGGACUGCUCUCGACGCUCAAGGUCGCCUCCGGCGCGGACCGCUGGAUCCCGUUCCAGGUCAUCGCGGGCCUCGGCAUCGGGGCCUCGACGCAGCAGGCCGCCGUCGCCGUCCAGAGCAGCCUGGGCGAGGCCGAUGUCGCCAUCGGCGUGGCGGUCGUCUUGUUUUUCCAAUGUUUGGGGCCGACGACCGCCAUCACCGUGGCCCAGGCCGUCUUUGCCAGCGUCCUCACGUCCGGCAUCGCGUCCAAGGUUCCGGGGGUCGAUCCCCAGGCCGUCAGAGCAUCGGGAGCGACAGGGCUCAAGGACCUGGUGCCAGCCGAACAGUUUGGGAAUCUCGUGCAGGUCUACAACCACGCCAUCACGAGGACGUACCUGGUCGCUGCGGCUCUGGCUGCUGCCAGCCUCGUUGGCGUCGUGGGGGUAGGGUUGAAGAAGAUUGAGAGUGAGAGUGAUGCCGAGAAGUCGGAUGUUGAGAGCCGAUGA